CUAACGUACAAAAUAUGCACUAAUAUCUUCUUGAAUCAUCAAUUUGAUUGCCAACCAUUUUUUUUUUUUUUUGUGAGGGAUAGCAAAAUUAAUAAUUGAAUCGUUUAUUUAAUUCGAGAACCACGCAUUGUACGUUUUCCAACUUCUUCUCCUGCAAAAACACAUUAACUUAAUUGCUUGGUGAAACUCGAUUUUGGUUUCAAAAUUCUCUCUGCUUCCCAUUUGGUUUCGCAAGGGAUCUGGUCAUAAUGGGGAGUUUGGGAGCGAUUUUGAAACACCCAGAUGAUUUUUACCCGCUUUUGAAGUUGAAAAUGGCCUCCAGGAAUGCAGAGAAGCAGAUUCCACCAGAGCCUCACUGGCGUUUCUGUUACUCCAUGCUUCACAAGGUCUCUCGUAGUUUUGCUCUCGUCAUUCAACAGCUUGGCCCUCAGCUUCGUGAUGCUGUAUGUAUAUUCUAUUUGGUUCUUCGAGCCCUUGAUACUGUUGAGGAUGAUACAAGCAUACCUACUGAUGUCAAAGUGCCUAUUCUGAUAGCUUUUCACCAGCACAUAUAUAAUUGCGAGUGGCAUUUUUCUUGUGGUAGUAAGGACUAUAAAGUGCUCAUGGACCAGUUUCAUCAUGUUUCAAAUGCCUUUCUAGAGCUUGGGAAAAGUUAUCAGGAGGCAAUCGAGAAUAUUACAAAAAGAAUGGGUGCAGGAAUGGCUAAAUUCAUAUGCAAGGAGGUGGAAACAGUUGAUGACUAUGAUGAAUAUUGCCAUUAUGUAGCUGGGCUUGUUGGACUAGGCCUGUCCAGGCUCUUCCAUGCCUCUGGAUCAGAGGAUCUGGCACCAGAUGUUCUCUCCAACUCAAUGGGUUUAUUUCUUCAGAAAACAAACAUCAUUCGGGAUUAUCUGGAGGAUAUAAAUGAGAUCCCUAAGUCACGCAUGUUUUGGCCUCACCAGAUCUGGAGUAAAUAUGUUAACAAACUUGAGGACUUCAAACGUGAAGAGAACUCAGUCAAGGCAGUGCAGUGCUUGAAUGAUAUGGUUACUAAUGCUUUGAUUCAUGUGGAUGAUUGCUUGAAAUACAUGUCUGCGUUGCGAGAUCUUGCUAUAUUUCGAUUUUGUGCCAUUCCUCAGAUCAUGGCUAUUGGAACCCUAGCAAUGUGCUACAACAACAUUGAAGUAUUCAGAGGCGUAGUGAAAAUGAGGCGUGGUCUUACCGCUAAGGUCAUUGACCGAACAAAAACUAUGGCUGAUGUCUAUGGUGCUUUCUUUGACUUCUCUUGUAUGCUCAAGUCCAAGAUUGACAGGAGUGAUCCUAAUGCAGAAAAGACAUUGAGCAGGGUGGAAGCUAUACAAAAAUCUUGCAGGGAGUCUGGACUUCUAAACAAAAGGAAAUCUUACAUAAUUAGGAGUGAGCCAAGAUAUAAUUCUGCUCUGAUUGUCCUACUUUUUAUUAUAUUGGCCAUCGUUUUCGCUUCUCUCUGUGGGAACCGACCAAGUAACUGAGGAUGCUCACUUUCAUGAAAUGUGUACAUGGGUGGCUAGCUACCAGAGUGUGUGAUUUGUUCCAUGGAACUUGCUGUUAUGAUGACAAAUUAACAUGUCAAUUCUCUCUUGUUUGGUUGGUACCCACUCUAUGAAGUUAAAACUUGUAAGGUGUAAUCACUGCAGAUGCAGAAAUCAAAGGCUAGAAAACAAAGAUUUCAUGAGCAUUUCGGUUAUCCUGGAAAAUAGAAAUGUUGCUGGUGCUCGGGUAGGAAGAUGUUUCCUUCCUUAAUUUUUUUUUUUUGGGCAAAAUGUCUAUUUUUGCCUUUUUAAAGUAUGUGUCGCUGUAUAAAAGUUUUUAAAAAGAUUAAUUAAGUUAUUUAAAUUUUAAAAAUAAAUUAAAUAA